CUCUAGAAGAGGAAGCCGCACCCACCGGAGAGCCGGGGCUGCUUAAAGAGGGGCUGGGAUCGGCUUCUCGCAUCCCGGGAGCUGCGGGGCUCGGAGGGAGAAGGAGAGAAGGAUUUCAGGCCUUUCCUUCCUGAUUCCUCCUGAGUUCUCCAGGGGUUCCCAUCACCUUCUCCACACCCCACCGUGUGCCCCAGGCCUGCUGCUGUGCUGUGCUGUGUCCCCUGAGCUGGGGCCCUCGGCUGCCGGUGUCUGCUGGGAAGCCAAGGCUGGGAGCAAGGGGAGCAUCUGCUGAGAGCCAUGGCUUCACCGGAGGGCACACAGGAGGGGAAUACAAAGGCACAGCUCCUGGCAAAGGCAUUUCAGGAUGAAGGGCUGGAUGCUGGAUACUGGCUGCCCAAAGUGUCGCAGAUCCUGGGAAUUGAGUGCAGAGAAGCCCUGCAACAUCUGGAAUACGAAGACUACCUCAAGCUGGAGUGUGAGGUAAGGCACCCCUGGGAGAAGAAGGCACUCCAGAAACUCCUGAAAAUAACAGAUGACAAAACAACCAGUAAAGAUGUGCAGAAGGAGCACUGGGAGAAGAGAAAAAAGAAACAAGAAUUGGCCAAACAAGCCUUAAAUGAUCUGACAGAAAUGCUCAACAGCCGCAGCCACAGCCAGGAUGCUGUGAGGGAGAAAGCAGAGACUCUGUGGCAAGCCAUGGAGAUUCCCCAAGAGUUCUGGCCAGCACCAAAGGAACCCUUGGCGGAUAUGCUGGAGAACAUCCAGAAGCAGCUGGAGCAGCAGGAGUUGUCAGCAGGCAGGAGAGAGAACAUCCCUGAUCUGGAGGUGCUGAGGCGGGCGUCAGGGGGACUGGCCCUGCAGGGCAUCUACAGAACCACCAGACCUGGAGAUGAGCUGGCAAAGCGAGAUCAGCUCCUCAGGGUUCCUGAGGGAUUCCAGCUCACCGGUCCGGAGCAAGGAUCGUUCCUUGAGAGGAAGGACUUCUCCUCCUCUGCAGCAGAAUCCUCUUUCACCAAGUCCAUGGAGCAGCUGGGGUUCAGCCUGAGUAUUUAUGCCAAAUUCAAGUUCUGGGGAAUUAAUCUGGGAGGGGGUGUAGAUGGCAGCAGCUCCUCGCAGUCACAAGACACCCAACAGUCCCGCUCUGAGCAGAGCUACUUUUGCAGCACCAGGUACCAGUACCUCCCUCUGGCCUCCUGCUACUUCCAAAGGCAUCAGCUUUGCCUCUCGGAUGCGGCUCUGCGGGAGCUGCAAGACAUGGAGCAGCUUUUGAGUUUCACUCAGGAAGACAAGACCCCCCUGCUAAAUAUGUGUGAGAGGUUCUUCAGCAGGUUUGGGUCCCACGUAAACCAGGGUCCCCUCCACUUUGGGGGGAUAUUCUGGUGGAAGGCGUCUACUGAGGGAUUCCGAGAGGAGCAGAGGGAAGAGAUGAAGCGACAAACGUCUGAAGCUCUGAACGGCUUUGUCAGGGCCAGCUGGGGUGCCUUCCUGGCAAGUGCUGCGGGGGCCCUGGAUGUUUCUAAAUCCAGCUCAAAGGCUUCUGUCCUGGGAAGAGCCGGAGAGGGUUCCCAUACAGCGAUUCAGCUCUACAUGGUCAACACAGGGGGCCCACCAGACACAGCUUCUCUUCCUCAGUGGAGAACGGGGCUUGUGUCUGAUAACACAACGUGGUGCGUUAUCGACCGUGGGUUUGAGCUGAUCCCAGUGUGGGAUGUCAUCCUGUACAAUCACCGCAAGGAUUUUAAGUCUGUGGGUCAGAUGAGCACAGCCCUCAGGGCUGCGUACAAAGCACUGACAAAUCUGAGCGUUGGCAGCAUUUUUGGAGAGGAUCUGGGCAGUGCAGUGCAAGAGGCCAGAGAUUUCAUCAGGACUCUGAAGGCCUGGGAGGUGCCGGUGGAUGAAAGGAAGCUUCUCAUGCUGAUGGAGCUAAAAGAUGAUCUGAGUGCAAAAACCAGGAACCCCAGUGUGUGGAUCAAUGUGUGCCUGUCAGACAAAGCCCUGCAGGACUUCCUGGUGAACACCGUGCGGAGUUGCCAGGAGUCACCUCCAGAAAACACCACCUUUAUCAAGGUAAUAUUGAAAAGCCUCCUGACUCCACAUAUCUACUCUGUCAAGGACUUCCCUGAGGCUUCCUUCAUUAUGCAAUGGAUCUUCCAGACUGAGCACCCACUUCCCAACUCUCCCAAAGUCUCUGAGCUUGAAGACCUCAUCAAAACACUGCAGCAAAUGAAGGAGCACAUCCAUGCUGUCUCCGACGCACCAGGAAACUCUGCUUCCGCCAUUCAUGAAGCAAAGCGAGAAGCGACCCAGACCAGCAGCCUCGCCAUUUAUUCCUUACUCCAGUGUCUCCAGGAAAAGGCUCAGAAGGACAUGGAACUGUUGGUGCUCUUGAUUGUGAGCAGCACAGGGUACCAGGUGGAAAGCAGCACUUUUCAGCACCUCCUUGGACACCCAGAAAUUGAGUACAUGGCCAAGGAAAUGGAAGCGGCUCACAAGGAGUACGUGAACCUGAAGGAGCAGGAUGUCGACAGAGCUGAGGCCUCUCUUCUGCUGAAGGGUCUGACUGUGACACCAGAAAGUCAAGGGCUGUCCCCUGAGCAGAAGAGGGAGCGUUUAAUUUUCAUGGAAGAUCACAUGAAAGGUUUGUGGUCCACACGGAUAGAGAAUCUGCUCCAAAAGCACAGUGGAGGUGAAGACUGGGAGAGGCUGGAACAGGACUUGCAUUCCUUGAUCAGUGGGUGCUUGGAUGGCAACAGGGAUGAAGAGAGGAUGCAGAACAUAAUCAGAGACCUGGAAGACACUUUUCCAACAUCUGAACACCCUAGCCACUCUCAAACCACCUCAGACAGCAGCCAAUCCAAAGCAAAUGAAGCCAUCGCAAAUCAGGAGUUCCUCAAGCUGCUCAAGCGCCUGGGACUGGAAAGUCACUAUCCAAGAAGAAUGGGGAUGGGAGAUUUCCACACCAUCUGCAGGACAUGUCUGCAGGACAGCCAGCCCAGCCAGGACACGGAGCUGCCAGGUUACUUCCUGCAAAAGCUGUUAACUGUGGAUUACCACAAGGUGAGGUACCUGACUUGCUGGGAUGAGAGCAUCCGUGGCCUUGCACCUGUGCCAGUAACUACAAAGCAAGAGGAUGAACUGUCAGACUGCUUUGAUAACUUUCUUGAUGAUUUGGAGGAAGCAGCCCCUGAAUGUGUGAGCAGGGACAGCCAUGUGCACCCCAUGGACCUGCAGAUGGCCAUUUUCCACUGUGCUGAUGACUUCCUGAGACAAACCCUUGCAACCAAGCUGGCCUUCUGCCAACUGGCGCUGCCUCUGCUGGUGCCCAACCUGUGCACUUCACGCAUUGAGUUCCCGCUCUACGCCCUCAGCCAAAUCCAAAGGAGCUGGAAAGAGGUUGAGAAGUCAGGAGAGCAGGCCCAAACAAAGAGUUACAACAACAAACUCAUUUUUCAGACACAGACACCCAUCGUGUCCUUCAUCCGCAUUGGCAGCUCGGCCUCCUCUUCCAAGUCUCAGCUCCUGAACGCUCUGCUGAGCGAACGCAAACACAACACUUUUUUCCACCGCCACUGCAGAGGCAGCACCAGGGAGCGUUUGCUGAUGGAAGGGGUGGUGGAGAUUGCCUGGUACUGCCCCCGUGGAAGCCCCGAUGACACCUUUGAGCGCUGUGUGGCUUUCUGCAACCUGCAUGGAGAUGCCAGGAAGCACAAAGCACAGCUGCAGUUCCUGCAGGAGAUAUCGGCUGUCAGCGUGGCUCUGGUGUCUGGUUUGGAGCACAUGGACAGCAGGGGGAAAAAGCUUCUGCAGGACUUGUGGCAGUCACGAAGGCCUUUGGUUUGUCUUCUCACGGAAAAAGAGAAUGUUGCACCUGGACGAUCAAGUACAAAAAUGAAAAUUGGGAUCAGGAACAGAAACGAGGCAGAACUGGUGAUCCAGCUGAGCAAAACAAUUGGGAAUCUCCUGGCAGGGUCUAAUACACGUUUCAGCCUGGACGCCUGUGCAGACAAAGCUCGUCAGCACGGAUUCAUAGUGGAUGCAGAUCAACCCAGGUGUGUGGCAGCCAAAGCAAAGGCAAAGGAGCUGGUGGAGCUUCUGAAGAAAGAGAAGCUGUUGGAGAUCAAAUCCCAGCUGCUGCCGCUUCAAGGAAAACUGUGGUACCAGUGGUGCAAAAAGGACAAAGAACUCACUCGCUUGCAGGAGAAGGGGAACAAGAGCAUUGAGCAUCAUCGCAGCCAAAUUGAAAAAGAAAAGAAAGCACUAAGAAGAAAGCAACUUGAGCAAGCUUUCCCCCUCAACCCACUGAUGAAAUCAUUCCUUGGCUUUCUCAAGGGCCAGCCAGCAGAUACCAAGAAAUAUUUCCUGCAGUGGAUGAAGGUCUUCAUGGAUGAGAUGUCCUAUGGUUGCCUUGAAAAAUUGAGAAGAGACUAUCAUGAGUUAUGGACUGAAAUCUCGACAGGAAAGAAAAACCAGGAAAAACGCAUUGUGAAUGCUGAGUUGGUGCAUCAGCUGGAUUCCAUCUCUGAUGAAAUCAAAAAUUCAUCCAUUGGCCUGGAGCACCUUCUGAGAGAGGUAGGGCAGAUUUAUGAAGCUCUGCAAUUAAUGAACUCCAAGGAUGAGCUUUACGCCAAACUGCCGGAAAUUGCAGCAGAACUGAUGGUUUUAGGUUAUCCUGUGGAGCUGAUGGAUGGGGACGCUUCUUACCUGCCCUUGCGCUGGGUGGGAGCCAUCUUUGACAGCUUAAUGGAGAGGCUGGGGGACAAACGAGUGUUUGUGCUCUCCGUGCUGGGCAUCCAGAGCACAGGCAAGUCCACCCUGCUGAAUGCCAUGUUUGGUCUGCAGUUCAGCGUCAGCGCGGGGAGAUGCACCCGUGGAGCCUUCAUGCAGCUCAUCCCAGUGGGCAAGGAGCUGCAGCAAGACUUGGGCUUUGAUUUUGUGCUGGUGGUUGACACCGAGGGGCUCCGUGCUACCGAGACGGCCAAUAAACAGUCCCUGAACCAUGACAAUGAGCUGGCCACCUUUGUCAUUGGUGUUGGCAACAUGACUGUGAUCAACGUGUUUGGAGAGAACCCAUCAGAAAUGCAAGAUGUUCUCCAGAUUGCUGUGCAGGCUUUCCUGAGGAUGAAGAAAGUCAAUCUUUCCCCCAGCUGCCUCUUUGUCCACCAAAAUGUGGGAGAAGCAACUGCCAAGGAGCAGAACAUGGAAGGCCGAAGGCGUUUGCAAGAAAAGCUGGAUGAAAUGACCAAGAUAGCUGCUCAGCAGGAAUUCUGUGACAUCUCCUCCUUCAGCGACGUCAUUGGCUUUGAUGUGAACACCCACAUUCACUACUUUGCUCACCUGUGGGAAGGAAACCCCCCAAUGGCACCACCCAACCCCACCUACAGCCAGAACGUCCAGCAACUAAAGAGCAAAAUCCUCCAGGCUGCCAAGAAGCAGUCGCAGCGCAGCAUUUUGAGGCUCUCGAGCCUGAAAGAUCGUAUUGGUGACCUCUGGAAUGCUUUGCUGAAUGAAAACUUUGUUUUCAGCUUCAAGAAUUCCCUGGAGAUUGCUGUGUACAGGAAACUGGAAAAUGCCUUUAGUCGGUGGACCUGGAAGCUGAGGAGUCACAUCUUAGACGUGCAGAGAGGACUGGACAACCGAAUUCGGAAUGGGGACUUGCAGAAUGUCACCAGAAAACACCUUGAAGGGCUGGUGCAAAAGACAAGUGAUGGCAUUGAGAAAGAAGUGGAGAAGUAUUUCAGGGAAGACAAAGACCAUGAGACAUUGGUUCAGUGGAAAUCAGGCACAGAGCUGAAGCUGAAAGAACUAAAAGAGACUCUUCUCAAUGAAACGAAGAAGAAAUGUGAGAGUCUUAUAGAGCUACAGAAGGAGCAGAGGAAACUGGAUGCAAGGAAGUUGAAAUAUGAAGAUGAGCUCCUGAGAAGGAGUAGGGAGCUGGCUGUGAGUCUGAAAGGGAAGAGCCUGAGUGAGAGAGAACUGAGGGACAACUUCACUCUUGUCUGGAACAAGUGGAUUGCUGAAGUCUCCAGUGCUGCUCGUCCUCAGGAACAGGUGAAUAUCGAUGCAGACAUCGAAGAAGUCCUUCUAGAGCACUUUAAGGAGCCAGGUUUCCAUGCACGGAUCACAUCAUUUCCCAAAAGCAGUGGAUUUUCUUUCGACUUAGAGAAACAUGUCAUGAAAAGAAAAUAUUUUGGCUUUAUCUCAGAUCCUAGGAGCAUUUCCAGUGAUGAUGCGACCAACUUUCAGGACAUCACAGACAACAUCAUAGCAUGUGUGAAGGCAAACAUUGAUAAGAAGGAACAGGAGAAACGGGAUUACAGUCGAAAUUUUAUCCAUGAAAUACUCAAUGAAGUAGAGAAAGGUGUGAACUCCGUCCCCAGCCAUGCCAAAUGUACUUUUAACAGAGAGUACAGCAUAGCUUUGUCUCUGUAUCUGUGCAAAAUGGCAGCAGAAAGGUUUAAAGCCCUGCACAAAGCAUUCCAAAAGGCAAAUGACCCAGUUGUGUACCUGAGCAGCAAGAGAGAAGAGUUCUUCCAAUGUUUCCAGAUUUCCUGCCAAGGAGCCUCUCCGAUCACAACUUUUGCUGUUUUCCUUUGUGACAAGAUUGAAGCGGCUCUUCGCCGGGCGGUCUAUGAGAGGACGUCUAAAGCCAUUGCUGAGGACAUGCAGGGCAAAUUCCCAGAUUUCAGGGGCAACAGAGCCAAUCUGGAAAUUUGCAUCCUGAGAUACCUGGCAGAACAAGAAAAUUUUGAGUAUUUCAAGGAUUACCUUAAUUUCCCAGAAAAAUUUUUUGAGAAAUACAUUGAAACACGAGUUAAGAAUUACUGUUUAGGUAAGAGUGGGAGACUGGAGAAGCUUUUAAGUUCCUCCCUCAAUCUUCUCUAUCGAAACAUCCUGUCAGCUGUUUCUUUAUCAACCCAAAUUGUCAAAGACAGAAAAGACAGAGAGGACAAAGUCUCUCUUUGGCUGGAUGAAUUUUGCAGGGAACUGACAGAGGUGAUCAGCUUGCCCAGAAGUGACCUGAAGGGCAUCGAGCUCCAAGAGGUCAAAGAUACUGAGUUCCUGAGCAGUGCCAUGGCAGAAGCUCUGGAUGACCUGAGGGACAGGCUCAGGAAAGAAUUUGCUGGUGCUGAUAUGAGCUCAUUUGCAACACAGCCUCACACCAUCCUGGUGGAGCAGUUUUCAGGGUGCUGGGAGCAGUGUCCAUUUUGUGGGGCUGUCUGCACAAACACCAUGCAGGGACAUGAUGGAGACCAUCAGCUGGUCUUCCAUCGCCCACGAGCUUUAGUGGGAGCCAGGUGUUAUGAGACAGAUGAGCUGGUCAUUGAUAUUUGUUCCAGCCUUGUUGCAAGCGAUGUCUUAUUCAAAAUUGGUAACAGUGAAUGGAUGCCUUAUAGGACAUACCGUGAUGCUGGACCCCGUUUUUCCCGUUGGAACAUUCUUCCUGAUUCAUCCAUGCAGGCGUACUGGAAAUGGUUUGUGUCUCAUUUCAGGACACAGCUGGAAGCUUUGUACAAUGGUAAAUUUCAGGGCAAAGGAAAAAUCCCUGAGGCAUGGCAGAGAAUUACCAAGCAGGAAGCAUUGGCCGAGCUGGACAAGCGUUAGGCCACAUCCAUGGGAAGGAAGAAACACAAGGGCUUUGCAGUUUAGGGGAACUUUGUAGCAGGCUCUCCACAAAUUCAGUUAGAAUGAUGAUGUUCUCAAGCCCAAUGAAGACAAGGGCGUCCAACUGCUCCCACGUUUGGUGAAAUAAGGCGUUUUACUGUGAGCGUUGCUCAGGAACUCCAUUGCCUCAUAAGAAAGCCAGAAUCCUCUUGCCUUCUUGCCAUAAAUAUUUCCCUCUGCUUUGUCCUAGUGCUAAACUAAAGCCACUCCAUGCAGCGAUCGGCCUCGUGGCCAAGCCUGAGCUUGAGGGCCAGGGCAAGGGCAGAGGCAGCACUCAGAGCACCCCUUGGAUCAGGUGCUGUGAGACAGGAAGAGGCAGUGCCCCCAAGGCAGUUUUCCUGCAGCAAGGAGGUGUCCUGCUCAGAGAAAGGGCUGCAGGACCUGAGGCCAGCUCCACACUGGCUGCAAGCUGGGCUGCUUGGCUUUUGGGCAUCAUCCUUCCCUCCCUCACUGCAGCCUCCUGGAUCAACUGAGGCCCUUCUCCCAGCAGGAGCUGUUGUGCCUCCGGCCUCAGGAAAGCAGGGACACGAUGGCCUCGGGGCUCAGGCAGUGCUUUCACUCCCAGUCUCAGAGGUGCUGUGUCUCUGUCCAGGGCAGCUGCUCCUGCUCAGGUGCCUGGGGCUGCUGCCCUUCCCUCCAGCCCUCAGGCCUGCAAGGAGCUGCUCCUGCCCUUGGCCUCACUGCUGAACAAAAGCCUUGGGAAUGCCCCAUGUGGAGAAUCCUGCCUGCCAGCACCUUCCACAGCAGCCCUGGGGGCAGUGCUGGUGCUGUCCAGGCAGGCUGGUGGCACUGGAGCCGUGCUCUGGAGAAGGUGGCACCAGCUGGCUCUGGCCCAGGCAGGUGUGGAGGCUUUUGCUGUGCAGGUGCUGCAGCCCCACUGGCAGUGCGAGGGCCAAGCCCUGCUGGAGAGCUGGCUGAAGGGCUGCUUCAGCCUCAUGCCCUGCAGGCUCUGCUAAUAAAGGAGUUGAUUUGGACCUCCCUGCUCUGUGUCCCCUUUGUGUUCAGGGCAGCCACAGCUGGGGGUGACUGGAGACAGGCAGGGGACAGGGGGUGGCACUGGGUGAAUUCCUAAGGCCUGAACAACGGGCCCUGCCUGAGGCCUGAACGUUGGGCCCUGAACCAAAGUUGCCCAGUGGGUGAACCUUUCCACCAAAAGUGAUGUGUAUGCACUCUUUAGGGAAGCAUUAUUAGCCAUAUGAUAAAUGUAUCUGCUCGUUAAUGAAGCAUCAUUAACAAUAUGAUCUAUGAAUGUGCUCAUUAAUGAAACAUGCUUUUAUCUCUGCAUAUUUACAAAUGGGGCAAGGUCCAUGAAAUCUGACAUCUGUCCUUGUUUGGGGGUGUAGGAACUCUCUUGGUUCCUGCUUUAGUCCAGGCCAGGCUUUGGGAGGAACCCAAGAGGAGAAAGAAACGAGAUGUUCCUGCACUAGAAGUGAUGUCAGCUUGGUUAUUGAACAACAUAAGAACAAGACCCUCUCACAGUGCAGUUGGAAGCCUCAUUGCCUGCAGGUGGACACCCCACAGUAAUUCCCAGUUACCGAGAGGGGCUCUCCGUUCCUUCACUGUGACAGGGGCUCCCCCCAGCUGAUGUGUGGAGCUGGAGGAUGGUAAAGUCUUGGGGUAACUGGAGAUGUAAUGUGUGUCAUCUCACUGUAUGCAAUCUUUCGUUGUAACGAUGUGCCUUGGGGAACUCAUCCUUUUGUGAUUCUUGGCAGUUUUGCAUUAUAGUAAAUGACACCUCUUCCUUAAGUUGGUGCCUGUUUCUUUUGUGCUGACCCUGCUGCCUGGCAAAACACUGGGUGAGGGUCUGGGGGACGGGGUGUGGCAGCAUGUUGUAAUGCAUUUAGAAAAAUGGUAUAACCAAAGAUGUAUUCCUGAAAUAUAGAAUGUUAGCUUCUCCCCUCUUAUCUCUUUCUCCCCAGUUUUCCUUAUUGGUUUUAAGAAUGUAACCGUUCCCCUUUCGCUGACUUUAAAAAAGAGCGUGUUAUCAACUUUCUUUCUCUUUCCCUGUGCGAUCACCAGAAUAAAGCUGGAAUACCAUCUCAGCAAAGGAGAGAGCCUCUGGUCAAUGCUAUAAUAUCUUCUCACCCCCCUGGUUGCAGGAGGGCGGACAGUGGCUAUAGAGAGGCAGAGAACAUACAUAAAAUAGAGCAGAUUGGUGCCCCUGUGAGAGGAGUUUUAGAACUCCCCACAACCGACUGGAACUCCAUUAGUGGGGUUCAGGCAAGUCUGUUGGAUGUAAUCAGUUACCCUGGGAGACACACACUGUUUUCGGUGGCUGUGGUCUUGAGGAAGGACCCGAUAGCCUUUUGAAUCGUCAGAAGGUCGGAUCCAGAGCAGAGGAGAUUUUCUUGCAUUGCAAACGGGUAAGUCAACAUGGCGGGUUUUGAACCGGUGGCCGCAGAACGUGCCGAGCCGUGUGCCCCACCCCCUCCCCGCCCGCUACCGGUGCCGCUGCUGAUCUUGUUCCCGUUCCAGUGGAGAGGUGUGGAGGAUCCGGGUGCGGUCCCCUGCAAGCCGCAGUGGCCUCGUGCAGUGGCGGGGCCGGUUCCGACCGCCGCCUGGGGCGGUGAGCGGCGGGGGGAGAAGGGCCCCCUUAAACGGCGGCAGAGGGUGCGGAUCUGCAGGCAGUGGUGUGCACGGGCCGGCCAGCGGCAGAGCGACAGGACCCAUCUGGGGCUGUGGCCAGUGCUGCAGGCGGUGGCAGGCAGCACCGCCGCUGCAGAGCCGGUGGCUGCGGUGGGAGGGUGGCCCUGGGCUGUGGUGCGGGCGAGUGGUGUGACUUCCUCUCCCUCAGAUCCCAGCCAUGUGUUUUUAGUUGCUUGGCAAGAACCGCUGCUGAUGGGCUGAGCAGUUUGUGUCUUACCCCAGUGAGUGGGGUGGGGGGAGAGCUGAGAAAAGCCUAUCACGGCUGGCUUUGCUCCUUUUGCUGUGUAAAGAAGAAAAAAACUAAAAUGAGUUUGUGCUAACAGCUUUUAACAACAACAACAAAAAAUGGGAUCAAAGCCAUCUACACCCCAACCAAAUUUAGAAUCCAAAUUACAAGAAUUUUUAAAUUCCACAGAUGUUAAGAUUCCUUGAAAAAAGUUGAAGCAUUUUAUCUCAUGGCUGUCCCAUAACACUCCACAGCUUGACAUGCUGGAUGUAGAUUCUAUCCCUGCAUGGGAUAGAAUCGGCAAUUUCUUAACACUUAAAGUGGAGGAAGGAGACAAAUUUGCUUCAAAGUAUCUCCCGUUUUUUCUUCUAAUUUGAAAAUAAUUGAUUAACAGAGAAAAAGAAAUAAAAGAACAGCCACUGCAGUUUCCAUUGGUUCCCCCUAACCCUUCCCCUGAACCCUCUGCUCCUGAGCUGAAAAAGACGCAUAGAACAGAUCCAGAAACUCAGGAAAUGCACCUUGACAAUGCUAUUCCUGGUUCCAUGUGUCUCAUUCAGCCCCCCAUCUCUGAUAGCGCUGUGCAAGAUAUCCGAGGGCUUUCUCUGUACCCUCAUAUCCCAACUGUUAAAGGCAAUGAACCCCCCCUAUCCCCACGUUUCUGGGAUCCAAAAUAGUGCUGGCCAUGUGCCAGAUAACCAUGAGGGGAAACCACCACUGUAUUUUCCUUCCCCUUCCCAUAACCCCUUCCACCCGCCUGUCUCCAUCCAUAAUCCCUACUCCUCCCAUAACUUCUCCCUUCCCUCACACAUUCCCCUUCCCUCUACCAUACCUUCACCCUGCAUGACACCACCCUGCAACCCCACCUCUAAAUGUGGUAACCCUGCUCCCUGUGCCCCUGCCCCUGUCCCCACAGGGAGGGGGGAGGUGGGAGGGAUAGCUCUACCCCCUGCUCCCAUGGGGGGGGCAGGGAAAAGGGUAUCACGCCUUUGCCCCCCGGGGCAGGGGGGAAUGGGUCCCUGCCCAGCUCCUGUGGAGGGGGAGCUGGGUCCCUCCAUGGCCCCGGUGGUGAGGCAGUGUUAUAAGUGAUCUUUUUGUUGAACUUGGGAGGUUAAUUAAAGUUAUUAUUACUGGAGUGUUAAUUGAUAUUAUGAAUUACAAAGUUAUAAGGGAUAAAAGUUAACUAUGUUUAAUUAUGGUGUAAAGAUGUUAAGAUGACUAGGAUUGUUAAGGACUUUGGAAUAUUUGGGGUUGAGACUGGAUUGGGGUCGGGUGGACAGAAUGGGGGAUUGGUAGGAAGUAUAAGGGAGCUUUAUGGGGGCCUGGAAUAGAACAUUCAGAAACAAGAAGUAAUGAAGAUGUUGUCAGCACCAUGAGUAAUGUUUGGAAGAAGAGUCCACCAAUCAUUCGACACCCUGGACAAAUGCUUGGACCAGGAUGAACGCUGAUAUAGACCAAUCAGAGCCUGAGAAAGCGACCAAUCUCGGAGAGGAUCCAAAACAGACCAAUCCAGGACUAAGGGAGGGUAUAAAUCAGGAUGUUGAGUGUUAUCAGGGGCUUUUUCUGUUGGGGAACCCAUUUGUAUACUUUGUUGCUAUCCCGGUUUGUAGCGUGGGGCACGCAGGAUUAGCCUGUGUCCUCUCUCGGCUGCAGCUCAGUCUUAAUAAACAAGCCUGACUUGAAUUUACAUCAAAAAGUCUCGAGCCUCGGU